AUGUCUCUUAGAACGAUCGUACCGCUUAGACGCUUGGCCGCACGACGUGCAGCAAUCGAUCGAAGGUCGAUGGCAAGUGCAGCCAGACCAGCUACCGGCCCUGUUAGUUUCGCCCUCGACGAGGAUCAACGUGGUAUACAGGAACUCGCACAGUCUUUCACGAAAGAUAAGAUCGUACCUGCUGCUGCAGAAUACGAUCGAUCUAUGGCAUACCCUUGGCCGAUCCUCAAAGAAGCUCAUUCAUUAGGUUUGUUGAAUACGCAUAUCCCAGAAGCAUAUGGCGGUCCCGAGUUGGGUUUGCUCGAAUGUGCUUUGGUGUCUGAAUCGUUAGCAUACGGUUGUACGGGUAUACAAACAGCUAUGGAAGCCAACGGUCUGGCCGAAGCACCUCUGAUAGUGGCCGCUUCCCAUGAGACCAAGAUGAAGUUUUUGGGUAGAAUGACCGAAGAACCUCUCAUGGCUGCCUACUGCGUGACGGAGCCUGGAGCAGGAAGUGAUGUAGCUGGCAUCAAAACGAAAGCUGAGAAGAAGGGAGAUAAGUGGGUAUUGAACGGGAGUAAGAUGUGUACAAAUGCAGGUCACGCCAAUUGGUUUUUUGUCUUGGCCGUAACAGACCCCUCAGCAUCUCCAAGUAAAGGUAUGACAGGUUUCGUGGUCGAUGCGGAUACGCAAGGAAUAGUAUUAGGGAAGAAAGAAAUCAAUAUGGGUCAAAGAUGUUCGGACACUAGGCAGGUGACCUUCCAAGAUGUCGUGGUACCCGAAGAGAAUGUUUUAGGUAAACCUGGAGAAGGUUUCAAGAUCGCGAUGAAAGCAUUUGACAUUACUCGACCACUCGUCGCAGCAGCAGCGGUGGGCUUAGCGCAACGGGCAUUAGAAGAAGCUACCAAAUACGCUCAAGAACGAAAGACAAUGGGUCAACCUAUCAUCAACCACCAGGGUGUGGCAUUCAUGUUAGCUGAUAUGGCGAUUGGAGCGGAGGCUGCCCGAGGAUUAGUCUGGAGAGCAGCUUGGGCUAAAGAUUGUGGCGAGAGGAAUACUUUCUACGCUUCGAUGGCAAAGGCUUUUGCAAGUAAGACGGCGGUGGAGAAUUCCAAUUUAGGUGUACAAGUUUUCGGUGGAGCGGGAUUCAACACUGAAAUGCCAAUGGAGAAGCUUUACAGAGAUGCCAAAAUAUACGAACUUUGUGUGUAG